UUGAAUUUCUUUGCCAUAGUGAUGCAGUGAUUUGUUUAUUGUGGUUGACGUUAGUGGUAAUUCAGAAGUUACUUGUACCCGAAAGAUUUUUAGUUCAAGAUGAGUGCCAUUGCGAAUAUUGCUAUUCAGAGUACAGCAGGUGCUGUUCCUGUGAGAAAUGAAAAAGGUGAAGUGUCAAUGCAAAAGGUGAAAGUUCACCGUUAUGUAUCUGGGAAACGGCCAGAUUAUGCACCUAUGUCAAGCAGUGAAGAGGAAUCGGAUGAUGAUGAUUUUAUCGAACAAAAAAGGCGACAGCCUUUCCGUACAUAUCCAAAUGCCGAAACAGUGGAGAGUGAUGUUCCAGAAGAAGCAGAAGCAGAAAUUGAUGACCCAAGACUUCGAAGACUUCAGACUAUUAUGGCUGAGGAGGAAGCAUCCAAUGAAGAAGGAAGACUUGAAAGACACAGACAUAUUCAUGCCCCUGAAGUACUUCAGGGUGGUGAAUCAGAUGAAGACGAUGGCAAACCACAUCGAGAUGAAGGGAGUGAAGAAGAGGAGGAGGAAGAACUUAGUGAUUCAGAGAUAGAAAAAAGACGACAACAGCUUCGAGAAAAAUUAUUGAGCCGCAAAGAAGAAGUUGAGGUUGAAAUAUUGGACAAAGAAGAUGAAAACAAAAGUCCAGAAAUCACUGAAUCAGAGUCAUCAGAAUAUGAGGAAGGUACAGACUCAGAAGAAGAAGUUGGACCAAGACUAAAGCCAGUCUUUGUACGUAAGAAAGAUAGAGUGACUGUAUUGGAGAAAGAGCGAGAAGAACAAAAGAAGAAAUUAGCACAACAAGAAGCAAAGAAAAUGGCUGAAGAACGUCGCAAGUACACCCUCAAGAUGGUAGAAGAUGAGGUUCGCAAAGAAAUGGCUGUGAAAGAAACGGAAGAACCUUCCUUAAAUGAUAUUAAUACUGAUGAUGAAAAUGAUGAAGUUGAAUAUGAAGCAUGGAAAUUGCGGGAGUUAAAGAGAUUGAAACGUGAUCGUGAAGAGAGAGAAGCGGUUGAGAGAGAACGUAUGGAAAUUGAACGGCUGAGAAAUAUGACAGAAGAAGAACGCAGAAUUGAACUACGCAACAAUCCAAAACAUGUCACGAACAAAGCAGCCAAAGGAAAGUACAAAUUUCUACAGAAAUAUUAUCAUCGGGGAGCUUUCUAUAUGGAUGAAGAUCAAGAAUUGUUUAAACGUGAUUUCUCAGCUGCGACUUUGGAAGAUCACUUUGAUAAAACUAUUCUGCCAAAGGUAAUGCAGGUGAAAAAUUUCGGCCGAAGUGGGCGUACAAAAUAUACACACCUGGUGGACCAGGAUACAACGCAGUUUGAUUCCCCGUGGGUUUCGGAAACAGCUCAGAAUCUGAAAUUCCACACAACUCUUGCUGCUGGUAUGAAGCAAGUGUUUGAGAAACCAACACAGUACAAAAGGAAACAACAACAGCAGUGAUUGUGUUCACAAGAAAACAAAAAUUCAUGUAAAAACAGUAAAGACUUCAUCACCAUUGUUGUUUUACUUGUUUACAAAAAUCAAGUGUGUGUCUUUUCAGAGUGAUAGACUUUUUUUUUAGAUAUCUGAGAAAUGUGUGAAAGUUGUACAGAACUUCUGUGAGCUGUAUGUCAACAUUCAUUGUACAGUGAUUCAUUUUACAGUGACUGCAUAUUAUCCCAUCAGUGGAUUCCUUUUGGGUGUAAGUGUGUAACAAAACUUGAAGAGCUUAAUUUUAUAUUGCCAGAAAGAUGAUUUUACUGUCUCCUGUGAAGGGUGCACAGAAAUAUUGGGUUGGCAGAUUAAUUUGUUCUUUACUUUUAUGUGUGAUGAAACACAGUGUACUGAUAUAUUUUGACAAUUCGUAUCAGCUUAAUAAUUCUGAGCACAUAACGUAUUUGAAGCAUAUAAAGAAAAUACUUACACUGUAUAUUUCAUACUCCACUCAUCUGUGCAGAUCUUUCAGUGUAGAGAAUACUGUAAGUUGAAUAAGUGGUAAUUGGAGGGUGUCAUGAAUAUGGGAAAUAAGGCAGUACAUCACAGCUAAGAUUCAACAAUGCACUCAGUGUGCUCAGUAAUGCACAGGGAAUGGUGUUGUCAAUGUCAAAUUUGCUCAAUCACACCUUCAUCCUUGGCUGGUUUUGAAUGAUUUGUGUGAAUGACUUAACUGCAACCACUCUACAUUAGGGAGAAAAAUGCUAUCUAAUAGUAUCUCGUGUUCACCAAAAUCCAGAACAUACAAAACUGAUGAUAAGUGAGCAUAAAUUUUCAAGAAAUUGAACAAUCAAGGUAUGCAGUGAAAUCAGGAAAAAACAAUGGAAGUACAGGUAGACUUGUUAAUUACCUGAAUGAAAUGUUUUGUAAUAUAAUACUUUGUUGAAACACUGUGUUGUUGCUACAUGGACUGCAGCCUGAAAAAAAGUUUCUGACAAUCAUUAUAACAUUUUAAUGGUCCAAUGUACUAUAUGAAUUCCAAGUAUAUGCAUGUUAAAAGUUUUAAAUAACUUUAUUUUGUAUUUGUGUUAAGUUUCUUCUACUCCAGAGGUGUUUUUUUGUCUUUUAUUUCUGUCUUCCACUGUGUUUCAUUGCAAGAUGUUAAUCUGUGAUUGAUUGUAUACUAUAAUUUUCAUAUUGGUUUUGAAAAAUUGAAUACUCAAUAGUCCUGAAUAGGUAGUUUACUUUUUGUUUUGUGUUAAUUAAAUUUUGAUGUUGCAUAGAACACAGGCAUCUACAGUAACAACUUCUCUUGGUGGUUAGGCAGGAUGUGUGUAUGGUAUUUCAAAGUAUCACUCUUGUAAUUUGGAUAGCUGUAACUGGCAGUUACAGACAAAUCAGAUGUAAAUAAAUGUUUAUUGACA